CGAACUCAUACUCUUUCAAGCGAGGUUGCCAGUAUGCCUCCAAUAACAUCACUAUCCGCCGCCGAUCGCGUCCGCCAUGCGGGCUGUGUCCUUGCUCACUGGGACUCUUUGUCUGCUUCGUGCAACAAGCGCAGAAGUAGCGCCUGAAGUCACGGUCGUGGAGGAAGGCUACAACUACAUUGCAAAACUCCCUUGCGCAGGAUGCCCAUUCUUAUUUCAGGACACGUCUGAGGGUUUGAACGAACCGUGGAGUGAGAGGGUUGACGACAAUGCUUUGCUCCUCAACAUCUCCCUCCCCUACGACAGCGCCUUUCUCGCCAUAAACAACGCCCCCCUCUACUCCGGCAAUCGCAUACUUCCCCUGGUCUACGCGAACCAAGUUGUUCAGGAUUUCUCCGCCGACCAGCUCUCCACGGCUCUGGACGCCGGUCAGCUUGAAGCAAGUCACGAGAGCAACCUUGGCGGCGGCUUCUUUGGCCUGUCUUAUCGCCACUCGCUUCGACAUGUCGAGACCAGCCAGACCCUCGAAGCACUUCUUUUCCAAUUCGACAUUGUAGAAUUGCAUUCUGAUCUCACGAACCCAGCGCUGCGAUUCAAUCUCGACGACCCAGCGCAGAAAAUGCUCGAAGUCCUGCUGAUACAACGCCCUGUCCUCUCUGCAGGCGAUCCUUCCCCCAGCUUCGAGAUACUCAGCGCGAAGCUUGUUCCACGUAUGUCGCUCAGUUAUGAACGCACGAUGCACUUCCUCACCUGGGAUACCCACGGCGAGAAAGGCACUACCUCGCACGCCGUUAGCUACGGCACCUCCUCCUUGAUUGGCUUCCUCUCUUCAAGUUUCUGGGCGCUCCUCGGUUUCGUCAUGGCUGUCAUUGUUGUGUCCAUUGUUGUGCUCUUGAUGUGCAUCUUUGGCUGGGAGUUCUGGAAAGACGAUUAUGAGAAGGCGCAGCACGGGAAAAGGAGGAAGAGCAGUGUGAAGAGCGUGAGGGCAGAUGUGGAGACCGGCGCGAGUAUAGGGAAGAUGAAAGGGAGGUUCAAGAGCGCGGAAGAGUUGGGAUUAGGGUUGGCUAGCAGAGGCCAGAUUGUUGGAAUGGGGAAGAGCGAUUAAGACAGCAGUUGAUGCACCGCACGAUCAGUUUCGCUUACAGGGCUAUUCAGGAUACUUGUUAAUCAAUACAAUCACCAUGUACUAUGAUGGCCGGGUCCCAACGCUAGUCUAUUGGCUAGGUGAACCGAAGGCGACAGUAUUUUGGUGGAUUGUGGCGCGGUCACUUUGCGCAUAUGCUACAUUCACAAGUUUACUCUCGCACUCCAAUUCGAACCCACGCUCUAGGAUGACUA